AGUAUAAAUGUGAAUGUCAUUGACAUACUUUGUGUCUCAAACAUUAUUCUUUCAAGUAGACAAUGAAGUCAACGAGAACCAAAGUAGAAGACAAUAUCGUCGCACCGACGAAUGCGGAGUUGGCUCAAAAUAUGGUUCAACUCAUCCAGACUAUCGGGAGCGUGUUAGUGCAGAACCAACACCAACAAUGUCUCAAAAACCGCAAUGAUGUAGCGAAACUUGUAGCGAAGCGCAAUCCCCCGUGUUAUUUAGGCCAAGAAGAUCCUCUUAUCCUUGAGGAUUGGAUUCACACUUUCGACAAACUUUUCGAUGCUAUAAACUGCCCUGCAGAUCAACGAAUUAAUACGGCCGCGUACUAUCUGCGUCAAGAGACGGACAAUUGGUGGGCCACGACUGCCCCAACGUUGCGUCAACAACCUGACUUUUCUUGGGAGACGUUCAAGGAGGCAAUGCGAAAAAGAUUCUACCCAGAGCACGUGAGAGCUGAGAAGUAUGAAGAAUUUUUACACCUGAAGCAAAUAGGCAAUGCGAAAAAGAUUCUACCCAGAGCACGUGAGAGCUGAGAAGUAUGAAGAAUUUUUACACCUGAAGCAAAUAGGCAUGACUGUCCAAGAGUAUCACGCUAAAUUCUUGAAUCUCGCACGAUUUGC